AUGGAAGCAACACUUACCCACCGUCCAUGGGAGCCGGUCUCCACGGGGCCGCAGACUCCUCAGGUCCCUUCGACGCAAACACUUCCAUCGAUAUCAACCCUUACUGCGAGUAUGACAAGUACCGCACCCCCACCCGCGGAGAAGUCACCAGGCCAUACUUCUUUGAAUACGAUUGAGCGGGACUCGGGGAACUGGUCCAUUGCUCAGAGCGCAAGGUCGUCUACCUAUUCUACCGCAACGAACGGUACCGGCAAUUACCCAUCUUUAUCCUUUCUCACCUCCACGCAUCCGUCUCCAAACCGCUUGUCUGCCGUGUCUGACCGGUCCCCUUACGCCAACGAUCACUCUAAUACCAAUACUCCCUCCUCUGCCGGAGCACAGCCGUCUCCUCACUUUGGCUCAUCCCAGCCCAAUUCGGCACUUCCGUCGAUCAAUCAAAACUAUGAAGCCCCCUCUCAACGCGGCAGUAUUGCCGAACCGCCGGAAUCGCGCCGCAGCAGCAUAGACAGCAGGAUGAACCAGGGGAUCAGCUCGCUUGCCAUCAAUCCCGUUUCCGCUUCGCCUUAUCAUAGCACGAAUGCCUCGCAAACGUCGAUUGUAUCGGGCCUGCAGAGGGAACGAGGCAUCUCCAUGGACGUGAACAUGAACCCUUCCUACCGGGGACCUCGUUACUCGCAGGGUCAACCUUUAUCCCCGCUUGGUCCGCGACCUGGCGAGCAUCGCAGUUUUGCGGCUGGCCGCACUGCGCCCGCGAUCUCGUCGAACCCUCGCUCCGAGAUUUAUAACGCCGAGGCUCCAACCGCCGGUCUUGCCUAUGCGUUUCCGGAUCCGGAUGUUGCUCGGUCAAACUCUAUGUCGUCCACAAACGACAACCCGAAUAUUCAGUUUUCGCGAAAGGGAAGCACCGCCGAAUCUAUAACUAGCAGUAUCUACUCUGAAUCUCGUUUGCCUCGAGGCCAACACGAACUCCCCCAGAGUGUUCACCACCAUUCCCUACAGCACAAACAAGUGCGCGGUCUUAUCGGAGACCCCGACCUUCAAAAUGGCAAUACUCCCUACAGCAGAACGCCUGAAUUGAGAGUGACCCACAAGCUGGCGGAGCGCAAGCGUCGCAGUGAAAUGAAGGACUGUUUUGAGGCUUUACGGGUGCGACUCCCGCAGAGCCAAAAUAAUAAAUCAAGCAAAUGGGAGACUCUGACUCGAG